UAUCUGUGUGGCCUACAUGCGGCGUGCGUGCAACUCCCAUACACAAUGCCGGCGGCCGUUACGAAGCCCGUGAGCGGCAAGGAAAUGCGCAAGGACAAUGAUGUCGAGGUCAAGAUUCUCAAAGCCACCCAUAUCGCCUACCCGUUCUGGUUUGGAGGUACCGCAAGUUGUUUCGCGACUCUGUUUACACACCCGUUGGACUUGGUCAAGGUCAGGCUACAGAUGCAGGGAAACACCGGCGCGCGCUUGAAUAUGCUCAGCAUGUUUGGUCAUGUCGCGAAGACGGAUGGCGUGAUGGGCUUAUAUCGCGGUCUCUCUGCCGCGCAACUGCGACAGUUGACCUACAGCAUGACGCGAUUCGGAGUCUACGAAGCCCUCAAGGAUCGCUUCACGACAGCUGAUAAGAAACCGUCGUUUCUUACUCUCGUCGCCAUGGCCUCCGCAUCCGGCUUCGUAGGCGGCGUGGUUGGAAACCCGGGCGAUAUCCUAAACGUACGCAUGCAGCACGACGCGGCGCUUCCCCUGGAGCAACGGCGGCAAUAUAAACAUGCCCUUGACGGCUUCAUGCGCAUGGCGCGCGAGGAAGGAAUCGGGAGUCUCUGGCGAGGAGUCUGGCCCAACUCUUCGCGCGCUGUCCUGAUGACCGUUGGACAGCUGGCUACUUACGAUAUUUUCAAGCGUUUGCUCCUCGACCGCACGUCGUUGCAGGACAAUCUCACCACACAUUUCACCGCCUCGUUCAUGGCUGGCUUCGUGGCCACUACCAUCUGCUCGCCCGUCGACGUCAUCAAGACUAGGGUCAUGGGCUCCACCGACAACAAGAGCCUCAUCAGGCACAUUACAGACAUUUCGAAACAAGAGGGUCUGCGUUGGAUGUUCAAGGGUUGGGUCCCCAGCUUCAUCCGUGUCGGUCCGCAUACUAUUCUCACCUUCCUGUUCCUGGAACAGCACAAGAAGAUCUAUCGCCAGCUCCAGGGCCUCUAG